AUGAGAUUGAAAGAGGUUGAAGAAGAUAUGGAUAAACUUAGAGGUGCUCAAGAUCAAAUUAAAUCGGUGCUAACGUAUAUACAUGGUAAAUUUGAUACGAUGAGUACCAAAUUUGAUACACUGCUGAAGCUAUUUGAGAAACAUCAAACUCAACCAAACCCUGAGAGAGACAUUGGUUCUCAUAAUGACACUUAUCUUGAUACUAAUUUCUUUCAUCACCCACCACUGUUUUUUCAUACUCCGCAUUACAGGAUUCCUAAAUUAGAUUUUCCAUGUUUCGAUGGUGAUAACCCCAGGGGAUGGAUUCAAAAGAGCGAAAGAUACUUUCACCUCAACAAUAUUGAGGAACGCCUGAAAGUGAAUAUUGCUGCAAUCUACUCGGAAGGUAAAGCUGAAAAAUGGUUUUUAAAUUUUCAAGUUAAUCGACCUCGUAUUACAUGGUCAGAUCUAGUUCUUCAUCUGUGUUCUCGAUUUGAAAAUCCUAUUGAAGAAAAUUUUAUGGGUAGUUUUAAUAAGAUUAUUCAAAGCUCAACUGUGGAUGAUUAUUAUGAGGAAUUUGAAUCUUUGAAAGCCUUAAUUCUUAACAUGAAUCCUUCUCUUACCGAGACUUAUUUUUUCAUGAGUUUCCUUAGUGGUCUCAAAGAGGAAAUUGGUAAAUCUGUUUCAAUGUUUCAAUCAGCUACACUUUCCGAGGCCUUUUUUCCAUCUAGACUACAAGAACAAAAAAUUAAUCUUGAUGCCUCAGCUACCAAACCAUUCACUAGAUCCUUUAUCAAUUCAUUUAUCUCAAAUAGGAAGUACUUAUCCCCAAAUUUUUCACUAAAGCCUAUUCUAACUUCACCAAAAUCUGCUCCUGCCACUCCAAAGUUCCUUGUCACUCCCACUUCCAAAACCACCAAUACUUCUCCAACAAUUGAACGCCAAUCUCAUGAAGAAAUGAAUAGAAGAAGAGCACAGGGGUUGUGCUAUAACUGUGAUGAGGUAUAUAAGAAGGGAUACUUUUGUAAAGGGAAACAGAAGAUUUUUAUGCUUCAAGUUGAAAAUAUUGACUCUAUAGAAACUGAAGAGGAGGAGGAAGUUUUUGAGGAAGCAAUUGAGUCACCAGUCCAAUCUGAUAUAGAGGUAUCUUUACAUGCCCUCACUGGCAGUGCUACUGGUGACACCAUCAGGAUUCCAUGUCUACUUCUUCAAAGAAAGGUAUCCAUUCUCAUUGAUUCUGGUAGUACCACAAGUUUUAUUGAUAGAACAUUAGCUUCUUCUCUUAAAUGUCCCAUUGAGCAAACUCCUUCCAUGUUGGUCACAGUUUCCAAUGGUGACCAAACUGUCAGCACUGGGAUAUGUUCUAACCUCCAGUGGAGUAUGCAGGGAUACGCCUUUGUUGAAAAUUUAAGACUGUUACCAUUGGGUGGGUGUGAUAUUGUACUAGGUGCUGAUUGGUUGAGGACCUUAGGUGAUUUUCUCUUCAAUUUUUCAAAGUUGACCAUUUCUUUCAAGUACCAUAACAAGAACGUUACCAUACAAGGUAUUUCUCCAUCUUCUUCAUCACUUAUGGUUAAUGGAGAGUCGGUUAAGAAAAUUUUUUCAACAACUUCUCAUGGCAUUGUGGGCCAUUUGUUCUCCAUCUCCUUAACACCUACCCUACCAGAUGCUCCUGUCAUUCUCCAACCCUUGUUACAUGAUUUUCAGGACAUAUUUCAAGAACCCACCAAACUUCCACCUCAGAGAAGUUUGGAUCACAAAAUUCCUCUACAACCCCUUUCUACACCUGUUAAUCAAAGAUCUUAUAAAUUCCCAAAUCUCCAGAAAGGUGUAGUUGAACAAUUGGUCAAAGAAAUGCUCCAAGAUGGAAUCAUUCAACCUAGUCACAGCCCAUUAGCUUCCCCAAUACUUCUUGUUAGAAAGAAAGAUGGUUCUUGGAGAUUUUAUGUGGAUUAUAGAAAGUUAAACAGUAUCAUUAUAAAAGAUAAGUUUCCAAUCCCUAUUGUUGAUGAAUUAUUGGAUGAGUUGAAAGGGUCUACAUUUUUCUCAAAGAUUGAUCCCAGGGAAGGGUAUCAUCAAAUCAGAGUCAGUGACAGAGACAUCUUUAAGAUAGCAUUCAGAACUCAUCAUGGACAUUAUGAGUUCAAAGUUAUGCCAUUUGGCCUUACAAAUGCUCCUGCUACAUUCCAGGCUCUCAUGAAUGAUAUUUUUCAACCAUUUCUGAGGAAAUUUGUUCUAGUUUUUUUUUGUUUUGAUGAUAUACUUAUUUACAGCCACAACAUGGAUGAGCAUUUGGAGCAUCUCACAAUUGUUUUUGGCUUGUUGAGGCAACACCAGCUCUUUUGCCACAUGUCUAAUGUUGUUUUGGACAACAUUCAUUAG